AUGUGAAUCUUUGUUUCUGGGUUGGAGCUUGACAUUCUCCUUGGACCCAUUUUUUAUUUCAAAGCUGGGAAAGCUGCUGAGACCUACCUCCAUCACCUUUGCUUCUCUACCCCACACAGGCUGUAAGCACAUGAUCUUUGGUCUUUUAUUUGCAUACUGUAUUAGUCUUGUCUUCAUUGGAGGGAAGUGACUGGUCAGACCUGGGCUGUGUUGCUGGCUGCCUUCCUUGUUGGGCUCCAACUUACCUCCUAUAUACACAGCCCUUGGAGUUCAGAGGCCUCUCCUGACCUCUGCCCAACUUCUCGCUUUCUGCUCCCAAUCCCCUACUAGUACAUACAGGAGCAGAGACAGGCUAGGACCAGAGGAAAGGGGAGAGGGGACUGAAGACAGACUUUGAGAGGGCUAAGAAACCCAGUGUACCCCCCAUCCCAGCCCUGUCCACCUGCUGCUGUGGCCACAGCAGUAAGAUAGUAAGACAGGAAGUAAGGCCAGGUACCUUGUGGGCAGUGAUGUCAUUAGCUGCGACUCCUAAGAUGUCUCCAGAGAUGGGCGAGCUCACCCAAACCAGGUUACAGAAGAUCUGGAUUCCACACAGCAGCGGUAGCAGCAGGCUGCAACGGAGAAGGGGCUCAUCCAUACCGCAGUUUACCAAUUCCCCCACGAUGGUGAUCAUGGUGGGUUUACCAGCUCGAGGCAAGACCUAUAUCUCCACGAAGCUCACACGAUAUCUCAACUGGAUAGGAACACCAACUAAAGUGUUUAAUUUAGGCCAGUAUCGACGAGAGGCAGUGAGCUACAAGAACUAUGAAUUCUUUCUUCCAGACAACAUGGAGGCCCUGCAAAUCAGGAAGCAGUGCGCCCUGGCAGCCCUAAAGGAUGUUCACAACUAUCUCAGCCAUGAGGAAGGUCAUGUUGCGGUUUUUGAUGCCACCAAUACCACCAGAGAACGAAGGUCACUGAUCCUGCAGUUUGCAAAAGAACAUGGUUACAAGGUCUUUUUCAUUGAGUCCAUUUGUAAUGACCCUGGCGUAAUUGCAGAAAACAUCAGGCAAGUGAAACUUGGCAGCCCUGAUUAUGUAGACUGUGACCGGGAAAAGGUUCUGGAAGACUUUCUAAAGAGAAUUGAGUGCUAUGAGGUCAACUACCAACCCUUGGAUGAGGAACUGGACAGCCACCUGUCAUACAUCAAGAUCUUCGACGUGGGCACACGCUACAUGGUGAACCGAGUGCAGGAUCACAUCCAGAGCCGCACAGUCUACUACCUCAUGAAUAUCCACGUCACACCUCGUUCCAUCUACCUAUGCCGGCAUGGUGAGAGUGAACUCAACCUCAGAGGCCGCAUCGGAGGUGACUCUGGCCUCUCAGUUCGCGGCAAGCAGUAUGCCUAUGCCCUGGCCAACUUCAUUCAGUCUCAGGGCAUCAGCUCCCUGAAGGUGUGGACCAGUCACAUGAAGAGGACCAUCCAGACAGCUGAGGCCCUGGGUGUCCCCUAUGAGCAGUGGAAGGCCCUGAAUGAGAUUGAUGCGGGUGUCUGUGAGGAGAUGACCUAUGAAGAAAUCCAGGAACAUUACCCUGAAGAAUUUGCACUGAGAGACCAAGAUAAAUAUCGCUACCGUUAUCCCAAGGGAGAGUCCUAUGAGGAUCUAGUUCAGCGUCUGGAGCCAGUUAUAAUGGAGCUAGAACGACAGGAGAAUGUACUGGUAAUCUGCCACCAGGCUGUCAUGCGGUGCCUCCUGGCCUAUUUCCUGGAUAAGAGUUCAGAUGAGCUUCCGUAUCUCAAGUGCCCUUUGCACACAGUGCUCAAACUCACUCCUGUGGCUUAUGGCUGCAAGGUGGAAUCCAUCUACCUGAAUGUGGAGGCCGUGAACACACACCGGGAGAAGCCUGAGAAUGUGGACAUCACCCGGGAACCUGAGGAAGCCCUGGAUACUGUCCCUGCCCACUACUGAGCCCUUUCCAUGAAGUCAAACUGCCUGUGUCCUCAUCGCCUUCCACCGUUAGGAAAUGCUGUCCUUGCUCUUCUUCUACUCUGCCUUGUCCUCACAGAGGCACUGCACUUCCAGUGAAGAAGUCCUCUGCAGCUCCCAAACGAGCCUCGCUUACUGGCCACAACCAAGGAGCUAUCUAGCUCUGGAUGAAACUUACUUUCUUAAUUCCUAUUCUCUGAUGAAUACUUACUGCCUAUAAGAGGAGAGGAGGAGGUCAUGGCGAGGCUUUUCCAAGUGUUCUUAAGGUACUGAUCCUAAUCCUGACUCAGCUCUGCUGCUGAGAGCAUGGAAUGGGUGAGUACUUCCUGGAAGGAAGUUCUACAGUAGCACUUCCAAAGAUGGGGGAGAAGAUUGGUGCCUGUGGGCCUUGUUCCUUGAUGAGCAAGGUGGCUGGGGGCAUGACACUUUCAUCCUUACACUCAGAGAAGAAUCUGGCACUUGAGCCAGGUGCUCCUCUAUUCUGCAGCUCUUGCUGCCAUCCUGAGUGAUUUCACUGUUUAUGUGUAUGAUCUAACCAGUACUCUGGCCUCCCAGUCCCCUGACCCCCUCAACUCCAGUGAUCAUGUGCUCCCCUUCAACCACCUGCUCCAUGGAUUUUGCUAUCAUCUCUCUGGUCUGACUUCUUUUUUUUUUUUUUUUUUUUUUGAGACGAAGUUUCGCU